AUGCGCUCAUCACUCUCUCUGAGCCUUUCGCUUCUCGCCGGCCUGGUGUCGGCUACCAACUACAACCUCGUCAAGGACUACUCCGGCGACAACUUCUACAACCAGUUUGACUUCUUCACUGGCCCCGAUCCUACCCAGGGCUUCGUCAACUACGUGUCUCACGACAACGCUGUUGAGUACGGUCUCAUCUGGAACAAGAGCAUCCCCACCUGGGGUGUCGACUCCUACACCCACCUCAACGCUGAUGGCUCCAACGGCGGUCGCACUUCUGUGCGCAUGACCAGCAAGGACACCUUCACUCACGGUCUCUUCAUCGCCGACAUCCAGCACAUGCCUCAGAGCUCUUGUGGUGUCUGGCCCGCCUUCUGGACCUUUGGUCAGACUGGCAACUGGCCUCAGUCCGGCGAGAUCGACAUCAUCGAAUUCGCCAACCUCGCCGACCAGAACAAGGUCUCUGGUCACACCAUGCCUGGCUGUUCCAUCUCUGGCACCUCGCAGAGCGGCCGAGUCCAAGGCACCGACUGCUCGGUAUGUUCCUCAUACAUUCUCGUUUUGACACAGAAGCUAACAAGCUACAGNUCCGCAGGUGACGGCGCUGGCUGCGCAUUCCUCUCACCUUCUAGCACCUCCGCUGGCUCGGGCUUCAACAACAUCGGCGGCGGCGUCUACGCCAUGGAGUGGACCUCCCAACACAUCAACGUCUGGUUCUUCCCUCGCAACAACAUUCCCUCAUCCAUCGAGUCCGGCAAGCCCGACGUCAGCAAGUUCGGUCAACCCAUGGCCAACUUCCGCGGCUGCGACCUCGACAACUACUUUUACAACCACGCCAUCGUCUUCGACACCACGUUCUGCGGCACCUGGGCUGGCGAGACGUUCGCCAACGAUGGCUGCUCUGCUUCCUCGUGCGUCGAAUAUGUCGCCACCAACCCUUCUGCUUUCAAGGAUGCCUAUUGGGCUGUCAACUACCUCAAAGUCUACCAGCAGAGCGGUUCCUCAAAGGUCAAGCGCGACUUCCUCCGCCGUCACGCCAGACAGACCCACCACAACCACGUUCUCGUUUGA